CACUACACACUAACACUGAGGUAGGUUACCACACUACACACUAACACUACACACUAACACUGAGGUAGGUUACCACACUACACACUAACACUGAGGUAGGUUACCACACUACACCAGGCUCACUCCUUUCACAAGAGUUUCUGGACAGAGGGAUGUUGUUUUUAUAUCAAGUAACAACCCCUGAAGUAGUUAUUACUGGUUCAUUUCUAGUGAACUCUCACCUAUAGGAGUCUGAAUGCCUCUACAAAGUUCUCUCUCUCUCUCUUUCUGUCUCUGUCUCUCUGUCUCUCUCUUUCUGUCUCUGUCUCUCUGUCUCUCUGUCUCUCUGUCUCUCUGUCUCUCUGUCUCUCUGUCUCUCUGUCUCUCUGUCUCUCUCUCUCUGUCUCUCUGUCUCUCUGUCUCUCUGUCUCUCUGUCUCUCUCUCUCUGUCUCUCUGUCUCUCUGUCUCUCUGUCUCUCUGUCUCUCUGUCUCUCUGUCUCUCUGUCUCUCUGUCUCUCUCUCUCUCUCUGUCUCUCUGUCUCUCUGUCUCUCUGUCUCUCUGUCUCUCUCUCUCUCUGUCUCUCUGUCUCUCUGUCUCUGUCUCUCUCUCUCUGUCUCUCUGUCUCUCUGUCUCUCUGUCUCUCUGUCUCUCUGUCUCUCUGUCUCUCUGUCUCUCUGUCUCUCUGUCUCUCUCUGUCUCUGUCUCUCUGUCUCUCUGUCUCUCUGUCUCUCUGUCUCUCUCUCUCUCUCUCUCUCUGUCUCUCUCUCUGUCUCUCUCUCUCUCUGUCUCUCUGUCUCUCUGUCUCUCUGUCUCUCUGUCUCUCUCUCUCUCUCUCUCUCUGUCUCUCUCUCUCUCUGUCUCUCUGUCUCUCUCUCUCUCUGUCUCUCUGUCUCUCUGUCUCUCUGUCUCUCUGUCUCUCUGUCUCUCUGUCUCUCUGUCUCUGUGUGUGUAGGAAAGGGGGCAACAACAAGUUAAUCAAGAUCUACCACCGGGAUGGGAAGUACGGUUUCUCCGACCCCCUGACGUUUGGUUCUGUUGUGGAGCUGAUCAAUCACUAUAGACAUGAAUCCCUGGCCCAGUACAACACCAAGCUAGACGUCAAACUUAUGUUCCCCAUCUCACACUACCAGCAGGACCAGCUGGUGAAAGAGGACAACAUUGACGCGGUGGGGAAGAAACUCCAAGAAUAUCACAAUCAAUACCAAGAGAAGAGCAAGGAGUAUGACCGGCUUUAUGAGGACUACACAAAGACUUCACAGGAGAUUCAGAUGAAGAGGACGGCCAUCGAGGCCUUCAACGAAACCAUCAAGAUCUUUGAGGAGCAGUGUCACACACAGGAACGCUACAGCAAGGACUACAUGGAGCGCUUCCGCCGGGAGGGCAACGACAAGGAGAUUGAGAGGAUCAUGAUGAACUAUGAGAAGCUAAAGUCUCGUCUGGGGGAGAUCCACGACAGUAAGAUUAGUCUGGAGCAGGAUCUGAAGACUCAGGCUCUGGACAACAGAGAGACGGACAAGAAGAUGAACAGCCUCAAACCUGACCUCAUCCAGCUCCGCAAGAUCCGGGACCAGUACCUGGUCUGGCUCAAUCACAAAGGAGUGCGUCAGAAACGAAUUAAUGAGUGGCUGGGGAUCAAGAACGAGAACACAGAUGAAGGGUACUUUGUCAGUACAGAGGAGGAUGACAACCUGCCACACUAUGAUGAAAAGACCUGGUUUGUAGGAGACCUGAACAGAACCCAGUCUGAAGACCUCCUACUGGGCAAACCUGACGGAGCUUUCCUCAUUAGAGAGAGUAGCAAGAAAGGCUGCUAUGCAUGCUCUGUAGUUGUGGAGGGUGAGGUGAAGCACUGUGUGAUUUUCAGCACACCGAAGGGCUACGGCUUCGCUGAACCUUACAACCUUUACAGCUCUCUGAAAGACCUAGUCCUGCACUACCACCAGACCUCCCUGGUCCAGCACAACGACUCCCUCAACGUCUGCCUGGCCUACCCGGUCUACACACAGAUGCCCUCCUCCUCCGGCCCUUCCCCACGGAGAUGAGCCCCCCCCGCCCAGAGCCCCAACAGACUACCCACCCUACCUACCCAGCCCCAGGAGGGAUGAGGGGACAGGGGGACGGGGUUGGGGGGUACAGGGGUCAGCUUCAUAAUCCAAACUAGUACCCAGAACCUGAGAAAAACACCUGAGAGAGGGGAAAAAAGCAACAUAAACACUUGCUGCAACACACGUCAGCCACCUUGGAGUUAUAUAUAUUUUUACUAGAACAAUUGGAGGGCAUUCUUUGUAAAGACUGCUUGAUUUGCACAAGGAAGUUUUAAAUGUUUGUGAAUGUGAAAAAACGUAAGGAAAGGAGAAGAGCCGAGUUUCAGGUGACCUAAACUCCAGCCGGGACUCUUUUACAGAAAAACAUCAUCAUGAAAACACUCCAUUCUGAGGCUUUGUUUCCCGUCGUCCGUCUGUUUGCCCAAAUGAUUCUUUUAUUUCAUUCCUUUUACUUUUUUUUGCAGAGUUUGUUAUCUUAAUUUUUUUUCAUUUGGACAGUUAAUUUUGUUUACUGCUUAUUUGCUAAAUGCAAGAGAUGAUGAUGUCGAGUGUUCUCUGUCCCUCUCCAUAUGAGAAGCAAAAAUAAUGUAGCACAACAAAUGAAGGACAGUUGUUCAGAGUGUUUCUCCAUAUAGACUGCUGCUGAAGGGUUGGGGAAGGGAGGGGAGGGGGAGGACGAUAGGAGCAGACGGUGGAAGGGAGGGAAGAGUCGAAAGGGGCCACAUGCAGGAGUAAAAAAAGGGUUUGUCGUCUUAAAAGAAAAAAGCUUUUAUAUUAAGCAGAGAUGGAGAGUGAGUUUGUUUUCUUGCUUGGCUGGAUCCUAUUUCCUUUGACACAUUGUAAGUUACGGUAACGUUACAAUCACGAUGUUACAGUCCGUACAGAGACCAAAGUUGGCAUGAGGAGAGAAAAGUCCACUAUUGUGUUUUUCUUAGUCUGUAUGAACGGAGAAGAGAAAAUAGAGAGCUUGCUUUGUUUGAUACCACACAUACAUACAGCAGAGUUUUGGGCCAGUGUUCGUCCACUAUACUGAAAGGUUUGGAUUAAACCAAAUGGUACGCACAGACAGA